GCCACUUUCCAAUUGCUUCCGAAACAGUACCAUGGCUUAGUUCUGACAUAAGCCAAUUGAGCUUAAAACUGUCAUUUUUCAUUGUGGCCAUGUGUUUCUAGUGUUUGCACGGAAACAUAUACUCUUUCUGAUUGAAUUGAAGAAGUGGUGGGAAAUGGGUAAAGGCUUGAUAUGGGCAACAGCGGAGGAUUUGGCAAGAAACAGAGGACAGGUUCUGUCUCUUUAUCGACAAAUUUUGCGUAGCCUCAACUCACCUGGUUUGCCAUUGAAUUUAGCGGCAAGGCUGGCUAAGAAAGCGGAAGUUCGUGCCAUUUUUAUGCUGGGUGCUGAGGAGCAUUCUCUCCGCAACAUUGAAGAUCUUGUUGAUGCUGCUGAGUACUCUCUUUGCCUCUUAAGAAAUGGCGAAAUCCCAAAAUACAUACAAUAAAUUACUGAUGAAUCUCAGUUUCUUUUUUCUUGUGCUAGUUUAAGUUGUGAUUGCAUAUAUCUCCAUGAAAGAGGUUGUGAACUAGCUUCUCAAAUGCAUAAUGCUACAU